UUUUUUGGAGCAAGCCUCAGCUCUUCCUGACCUCCUGUCAAAUUUCUAUCACCUGUCUUACUUCAUCGAAUGUUCUCUACUAACAACAUACCGGACUUGUUCGGCAAGAGAGCCAUUGUGACCGGCGGCAACGCUGGCAUCGGCUACAUCGUUACCCUCGAGUUGAUGAAGAAGGGCUGCAUUGUCUAUGUUUUCACAAGGAGCCAGAAGCGAUUCAAUGAGGCCUUUAAAGACCUGCCCUCCGCUUGGAAACACCUAGUACAUUUCCAAUUUUGCGAUCUGUCUGACUUGGACAGCGUGCAGGCAGCUGCACUUGCCUUCAAGUCUCGCGAAUCUCAGCUGCACAUUCUCGUCAACAAUGCUGGGAUCAUGGCAGUUGAGUAUGGCCUCAGCAAGCAAGGUCUCGAAAUUCAGCAGGCCACGAACGCCGUCGGACCUGCUGUGCUGUCGUUAUCGCUUUUGGAUGUCUUGGUCAAGACAGCCAGAUCGGAUCCUCAACAUCGAGUUCGAAUCGUUCACACCUCUUCCUCUGCCCAUGAGAGAUACGGGGAGGCUUACCCUAAACAAAGCUGGGAGUCCAUCCAGGCAGUCAACAGAGAUCAGGGAAGUACUUGGAAGCGGUAUGGGCAGUCCAAGGUGGCCAACAUCUUCACUGCAGACUACCUGGCAGAACUUACGAGUAGGGAGAACAUCGUCAAUCUCUCUCUGAACCCUGGCAACGUUCGAACUGGCUUGUACAGCAAUUUGGAUCCCAAACUUGGCCUGAUGGGCAAGAUUCUCUCCAAAUUCCUUGUACGAUUUCUGAUCGAUCCUCAGAAAGGAGCUCUUUCGACAUUAUACGCAGCCACCUCUCCCGACUUCGAUGCCAGCUCUGACCCUAGUCACAAGCUUAACGGUGCCUACUUAGAGACAGGAGCAAAGAUUGGCAAGAAAGCCUCUUGGGCUAUGGAUGGCCAAGCACGUCAGCUCUUUGUCUCCUUCGUUCAGACUUUUGCCAACAAGACGAUGGGGAUCGACCUAAAACAGGCGGCCGCAAGAGCACUUGCAUGAGCUUGUCCGAGACAGACGUGGGUUUUCUCAUUGUCUCAAUGCCAUGCUUCUUCUGUUUUUUCACUGUCAUCGCCAUGUUCAGCGGGAAAGAGCAAUAGAAAAGAACGCGGGUCGAAAAUCGAUAUGGCCUUGAUUGCCGAGCUCAUCGUGCCUGCUGCCUGAUUCUCGUCGGUUGGAGGCGGGUGGAAAAGGGUAGAUGGUUCCAGGCCAUAUGAUCCACUUUUGCGGUAAUUCACCUGCGCAUGUGUGACCUGGAAAGACUUAACCACGCGACUAUCGUAGAUUCCAUUUGCGCGAGUCUCAACUUGUUCGGCGCGAUACUCGCCAAAGUCCAGCCCAAGCUUGUUGCGAAUCUCAUCGAGCACUUGUGCUGCGUGACGAGCGAAGAAGAUCCAGUUCAGUCCGGCCAAGAAGGUGAGUGCCUAGAAUCUGCCACAGUCCAGUUUGUAUCUUCCGAUGAUG